ACAGCAUUUUGCUUGCAGACUUUUUUUCGCAGAAGUUUGGCAAAUAGUUCGUCUCCGUCUCCGUCUCGCGUGUCUCUCUCUCUCUAUCUGUGUGUAGUUGUGUGCGUGUGUUUGAAUCUAUGAGCAAUUGCAUCAACAAUUGCAGUUAACCGAGAAAACCCAAAAGCAACAAAAACAUCAGAGAAACUGUAAAAAAUACACUCGUGUAGAAAUAAAAGUGAAGCCGGUUUGAAAAAUUACGCAAAAAAAAGGAGAAACAACGGAGACAACAAGAUUAUUGUGUUAAAUCAGCCGCACAGAAAUAGUCAAAUAGCGAUUAAAAAAGAGUAGAGCGAAGUAAUCCAUCAAAACGGGUUUUCACUGUGUGUAAAAGAGUUCGAAGGAAGGCAAAGGUGCUGCUCGAAAAUGCAUUUACUCUGUCUGUUGCACACGCUGGCGGCGCUGGCACUCGGAAGUGGCUCAGCGGCCACGCUGCCCACGGCGGCACAAAGCGUGUUCAGCAGCGAUCCCAAUCCAAGUCCCAGUUCCAGUCCCAGUCCCAGUGCCAGCCCCAGCCUCAAUCCCGGCCAGGAGUACGUUGGCGAGUAUGCGGAGGGCGAGGCCGAGACGGGGUCAUUCGAUUUUGGCGGCCUGCAGUUUGAUGGAGUUACACCACAUACGACGCAGAUCAGCGUCUCGAAUGGCGUGACACCCUGUAGUCUCAGCUCGCCUGAGCUCAACGAAUGCAUACGCGGACUGAUCCAGACAUUUGCCCCGAAGCUGAAAUACCACGGAGUGCCGGAGUACAACAUGGGUUCCAUUGAUCCGUACUUCUACAAGCGGGGAAUCUUCCGGUACACAAACGAUGGCAUUCAGGGUGGACUGCUGAUCAAGAACAUGGAGAUCUACGGAAUCAGCGACCUCCAGGUCAACAGUGUGGUGUCUAACUUUACAGAGAACGGCUUUGUGAUCAAGUUAGGCCUCGGACUUCCUCAGCUGAAGGCCGGCGGACACUUCAAGGCGGACGUGAAGUUCGGCGGACUGCGUCUGGUGCCCAAGGGUCCAUUCAACAUCACCGUGGACAACAUCAAGGCCACUAUUCUCACUGACGGACACAUUGAGCAGCUGCCCAGCGGACAGCAGCGUCUCAGCCUUCAUCGCCUGAAUGCCAACGUCAACAUCGGGGACGCCAAAGUGGUGGCCAAUGGGAUCUUCUCCGAUCGUAACCUUAAUGGCAUGAUCCUCAAUCUGGUCAACGAGAAUUUACCAGAGAUCACCCGCGUGGGAAUACCAGCCACCCGCGAGCAAUGGGCACCCAUUCUGGUCGCGCAUAUCAACGAGUUCUUCGCUAAGGUUCCUAUCGAGAAAUUCCUGGUUCAAUGAUGCACAACCACAGCACGUUUCUCAUGGAAUAUUUAGCCCGUAGUUAGUUUUAGUCUAAUAAUUACAACUUUAAAUUUAUUUUAAAAGCUGCUUCCAAAUAAUUUUCAGUGCUCAAAACUUUUGGCUACCAUUUGGAAAGAAUUUCUACGCAUCCAAUUUGUAUUUAUUUAUGUCAUCCAUUCUAAAAAGAAGAGAAGUUGUGUGA